UGCCAGCAGCACCAUGAGGUCGGCCUGUCUCUCUCUGCUCCUGGUCACCGCCUGCUGGGCAUUGCCCUUCCGCCAGUCCGGCUUCCUGGACUUCAUGAUGGAGGACGAGGCGGGAUCCGGUCUACCUGACCUGACUACAGAACCAGGGGCCCCUUCCAUGCCCACAGGACCCAAGUGCCCUUUCCGCUGCCAGUGCCACCUGCGCGUGGUGCAGUGCUCUGACCUCGGUCUGAAGAAUGUUCCUGAGGACAUCCCAGAUGACACCACCCUGCUGGACCUGCAGAACAACAAGAUCACCGAGAUCAAGGAGAACGACUUCAAGAACCUGAAGGGACUCCAUGCCCUGAUCUUGGUGAACAACAAGAUCACCACCAUCCACGCCAAGGCCCUGAACCCCCUGACCAAGCUGCAGCGUCUCUACCUGUCAAAGAAUCUGCUAAAGGACGUGCCCGCCAACAUGCCCAAGAGCCUGCAGGAGCUGCGCAUCCACGAGAAUGAGAUCACCAAGAUCAAGAAGUCCUCCUUCCAGGGCAUGUCCCAUGUCAUCGUCAUGGAGCUCGGCUCCAACCCCCUGAAGGGCGCAGGGCUUGAGGCCGGUGCUUUUGGCGACCUGAAAAAGGUCUCCUACAUUCGCAUUGCAGACACCAACAUCACAGAGAUCCCUAAAGGUCUGCCCAGCUCCCUCUCCGAGCUUCACCUGGAUGGAAACAAGAUCACUAAGGUGACCGCUGACAGCCUGAAGGGCCUGAAGAACCUGGCUAAGCUGGGACUGAGCUACAAUGACAUCAGUUCUGUGGAGAACGGCACACUGGGCAACGUUCCCCACCUGCGAGAGCUGCACAUGGACAACAACGCCCUGACCAGCGUUCCUUCCGGCCUGCCCGAGCAUAAGUACAUCCAGGUGGUCUACCUCCAUGCUAACAAGAUUGCUGCCGUGGGAACAGAGGACUUCUGUCCUCCCGGCUUCAACACCAAGAAGGCCAUGUACUCUGGCAUCAGCCUGUUCAGCAACCCUGUGCCUUACUGGGAGGUGCAGCCGAUCACCUUCCGCUGCGUCUUCGACCGCUCCGCCAUCCAGCUCGGCAACUACAGGAAGAAGUAGAGCGUCCCGCCCCUCUCAGAGGAAGUGUGUGUUUGUGAAUGAGCGUGUGCAAGUUUUGUAAGUGUGUGUGUUUGACCACAGCCCCACAACACUGACCCCCAACACAACCCCCUGCCUCCCCGCAGAUGAUGAUGUCAUUAACCGUUGCGCUUUUUCUGGUGGCUUGGACAUGUUAGAAAACUCUACUGGACAUUGACCUCAAAAACAACAUAUCACUAUCAAGAACCGCAUCAUUCAGUCAUAUUCACAGCUUCAAGGCUGGAGCAUCAGUAGUGCGUCCAGCUUACAGCUAUCACCAGCCUAAUACCACAGCAGUGCUCUCACAUACAGUUUAUAAUAAGGAACAUCAUAUCAAACCAAUUCAUACAACUUCACUGAGUAUUAACAUUGUACAUCAGUUCUCAGCAUCAUAACACAAUUGCAAUAUUGUUUUGGACUGUGUGCAGUUCAUUUAAUGGACAAAAUGACAUUCAGCAUCAAAGAGAAAAGACAUAACCACUUUUAAAAGAUUUCAAGCUCUCAAAUUUCACUUGAAAAUGUUAUGAAAUCCCAGUUUGACAAAUUGUAGGCUUUCUGGACCCUUAGCCAUCAUAUGAAUUUUUAAAAGGCUGGCCUGUAGAGCAGGCAGCAAGGGGUUAACUUGUAUUUUACAAUACCUUUAACAACUGGUAUAACUAGAAUGUACUAGAUAUUACCUGUGUAGUUGGAAUAGCAUUCAGAGUGUAACAUUACCAUGCUGCACUCUCUGAGACAGGAUUUUGAAUUUCUAUUUGUAUUGUUCUCAAUUCAAGUAGAGAUAAAAGCAACCGUGACUUCUAUCACAUUGUGAUUUCUUGUGCUUGAUUCAGUGUUGAUUUAGUUCUGGGUGUUUUUACAAAUAGUUGUUCUUCAUCACAUUCCACUCCCUGCUCCCUUUCUGGUAUGUAAUAUUCCACAAAACAAGGUGAACAUAGCUUCUAAAGAUGUAGAAUAAACCAUAUAUGUUUUGAACAGAAGCCAUUCCCAAAGAUUUAUAUGCAUGCUUUUGUUUUUCUUUCAACUUGAAGCAGGUGGUUUCUGGAAGCUCUUGUUAAUGCGUGUAUGUAUCUCCCUCAUUGUUUCUCUACCUUUUAUUUCUUUUUUUAAGAGUCAAGAAAAUAGGAGGGGUACAUGUGGACUGGCAUGCCCACAGCAUCCAUGUUGGUGUGAAUGUUGUAUGUAUAGACGCUGUAUAUAAAUGCUGUAUAAAAACCUCUCAUUGCAUAAAGGCACAAGCACUUACCAUAGCCCAGACUUAAUAUAUCAGCAACAAAGGUGUUCCUCUUUUUUCCCGGAGCAGGGGCUCCAGCUAAGGUGUCCUGAACAAAAUAAAAAUACUAAUGGAAAAA